CUAGCUAAGCAGUGCAGGGGAUCUCUCCACCCCCUCGGCGGAACAUUUGGAAAAAUAUCAAGAUUGUAUUCUUCUUAUUAUUAUUUGGGAAAAUGUCCUAAUAGUCGUGUAUUCAGUGCGUAGCUGGCAACCGGUGUCCAAAAAUUGGGCAUUUUGGAUAUAACCGGUUUGGACUGACUUUCGAAGAGUCGCGAGACGUCGCUGACGAACCGAGCUAGCUUGUUAGCUAGCUAUCCGUGUAUAUACAUAUAUGUGUGUUAGUGAAUUCUCAAACAUUAGCUUAGCUUGUGACCGUUACCAUGAUUAUAAUAAUGUGGAUUAAAAAUAUAUAUCUACGCGCUGUUAUUUAAAGGAAUAUCCGACCAAACUGGUCUCUGUAGUACAUUAUUUAUGGUUUGUUUUUGUUUUAAUUAAUUGAUUAAUUCGUCCUAGCUAGCAAUAAUAGCUAAUAAAGUGGUAGCCAGAAUUAACGUUAAUGUUACAUUAAUGUUCGUAACGCUUAACAAGUCGCAUUCAUUUUCAGUUGAUUCAGCAUCAUAGCUGGAUGAGAUAUAUAAGCUAUAACCCUUUGGUUGUAAUGGUUUGCAGGCAAGACUAGCUAGUAAUUACAUGCGUAGCAGGUUGUGCGCUAAGCUGACUAGCACGCUUGACAGGUGAGAUGUUCAUGCAUAUGCGUGUCGCUUAGCGAUCCAGCUAUUAAUCACACGCCAGUAAAUCGCAGAUCUACGCAGCCAGCUAUGCGGUCUUGGUGAAAUUUCUCCUAACCAGCGUUAUUAAGCUGGCGCUGUGUCAGAAAGCGUGCAGGCUGCUUUCCGGCACAUUCGGACACUCCUUAUCGGGUUUGAACAGGAGGUCAUGGUCCCAGCUGCAUUGCGGGCCUGUUUCACCGGAGAGAUCAGUCGCACAUUGCUACAGUGAACCAGGCUGUUACCAGAGGUGCGAGAAGACAAGGCCGGCUUUGCGGUGUCGUGUUGGGAGUGCUGUGGUCGGUGGGGAAAAGGCAGAUCUAUCCUCGCCCAUGCCCGCCAUGCCUGGUCCGGCGACCAGCAAAGCGCGGGUGUACGCUGAUGUGAACACUCUGAAGAGCAAAGAUUACUGGGACUAUGAAGCACACGUGCCUAGCUGGAGCAACCAAGAUGAUUACCAGUUGGUCCGGAAGCUUGGAAGAGGCAAAUAUAGCGAAGUGUUUGAAGCCAUCAACAUCAACAGCAAUGACCGAGUGGUGGUGAAAAUACUCAAGCCUGUCAAGAAGAAGAAGAUCAAGCGCGAGAUCAAAAUCCUGGAAAACUUAAGAGGAGGAACCAACAUAAUUCGCCUUGUGGACACAGUCAAGGAUCCCGUGUCCAGAACACCAGCUCUUGUCUUUGAGUGCAUCAAUAACACAGAUUUCAAGGAUCUCUACCAGAGAUUAACAGAUUUUGAUAUUCGUUUCUACUUGUAUGAACUUCUAAAGGCUCUGGAUUACUCUCACAGCAUGGGAAUCAUGCAUCGGGAUGUAAAGCCACAUAACGUGAUGAUAGAUCACCAAAUGAGAAAGUUGCGCCUGAUAGACUGGGGUCUUGCCGAGUUCUAUCAUCCUGCACAAGAAUAUAAUGUCCGGGUGGCAUCGAGAUCCUACAAGGGGCCAGAGCUGCUGGUUGAUUAUCAGAUGUAUGAUUACAGUUUAGACAUGUGGAGCCUGGGCUGCAUGCUCGCCAGUAUGAUUUUUCAGAAAGAGCCCUUUUUCCAUGGCCAGGACAAUUAUGACCAGCUUGUUCGUAUUGCUAAGGUCCUCGGGACCGAAGAACUUUACAGCUAUCUUAAUAAGUAUCACAUUGAACUGGACACACGUUUCAAAGACCUGCUCGGACAGCAAACAAGAAAGCGCUGGGAGCACUUUGUUCAGCCGGAGAAUCAGCACUUGGUGAGUCCCGAAGCUCUGGAUUUGCUGGAUAAGCUGCUGCGUUAUGACCAUCAACAGAGACUGACUGCCCAGGAGGCCAUGGAGCACCCCUACUUCUAUCCUGUGCUGAAAGGACAGUCUCUCUCAAACUCAGAUGGCACUCUGGCAAUAAGCAGUUCAACUGCAACAUGAUGAGCUAAAAGUAAAAGGAAAACCUUUUUACCUCAGUGUUUGGCAGAGACCCUGCGUUUCAGGUGUAAAGCUUCACUCUAAUGAAGCAAGAAGUAAUUUAGUAUCACAAGACAUGUACAGAAAACCGAAACACACCGGGCCGGCCGACUCCCUCUCCUUUAUUCACUUUGUAUUAGUGCUGCUUGCCACAGUUACUUAGAUACCAAAAAAGUGGUAUUCUGUAUGUCCCCUUCUUUCCUGUUUUAAGUUAAACAUCUCUCUCUCUCUCUAUAUAUAUAUAUAUAAAAAAGCAAAAACAAACAAAAAAAAAUACAGAAUUAUAAGUGAUUAUAUAUUGUGGUUGGGAAAGAAUGCCUGCUCUUUCCCUGUGACUCUCAGGCUCUACAUAACUGCUGUGGGCUCAGGAUCCAGGUUGCAUUAUAUGCUGGAAAGAUUGUCAUGGUCAGUUGAUUUGCCCUGCUGAAAUAAGUGCAAAUUCUAAAUUAUAGUAUGAUUAUUAUUAUUAUUAUUAUUAUUAUUAUUAUUAUUAUUGGGUAUGGAGGCUUUUCUGCGAUCUGUUGAAAAUAUGUUCUAUUAAAUAAGAGAUACUUUUUAACCA